AUGGCUGAACAUGUCCACUAUCACGCUAUUCUAGUUGUUUACAGGGGCGUGUCUCUGCUGCGCGCUCACAUCGCCCCGGCUCUCGCUAUCCUUGUGAAAUUUAUCGGCCGCGAAUGCCUAGCGCAUUUGCAGGUUAUGGAGGGUCCUUUAUCAAAAUGGACGAACAUGGUGCAUGGCUGGCAGUAUCGAUGGUUUCGUUUAGAAGAGGAUGUUUUACUCUAUUACACAUCCAGGGAGAAGAUGUUGAAAGGACAACAGCGAGGUUGCAUGCGACUCCAUGGUGCUGUUGUGGGUAUUGAUGGAGAAAACAACAGCCUUUUCACGGUCACCGUUGAUGGCAAGGUUUUCCAUUUACAGGGUCGUGAUGAAAAGGAACGAAAUCAUUGGGUACGAGCUCUUGAGACAGUCAUACGUGAAUGUGGGGGAUAUAGGAAAGCACCGAAGAAACAGGAAAAUGCGUCGGAGGCGCUGAAACAUAAGAUUGUAGAAGCAGAUCAUCACUUAUCCGAUAUAAUUUUGCAGGUGAAAGGCCUCGAAGCACUCAAAGAGCAUGUUUCGGAAAAAGAUCGAAAAAAUGUGGACGAUUUGAUCACGUCCAGUAGCCGACUACUUGAUACGGUCAAGCAUGCCAUCAUUCUUUUGCAGAUGGCGCGAAACAAAAUCGAAAUCCCAGAUGAGGUUCGAAAAGAUGAUAAAGAGAAUGUCAACCAUGGUACCGGAGAGGCCGGUGAUGUACCGGAUAAGACACUUGACGCCGAUAACGAUCGAUACGCUUCGACGUCGUCAAAGUUAGGCGCAGAAGAAGAGGGCCAUCGAGGCAAAGUUCAUUCGCCGUACGUGCCACCUAUUUCCUACUCCAGAUCAUCGUCGCCGAAGCGGAGUGUUCUCAGUGACGAGGAAGAGUUUUAUGACGCGGACGAAGAGCUGAUCGAUUUGGACAAGACCGACGAGGCGACACCGGAUGGUCAGAUGAAGGAUAUGUCACUAGAAGCGGCGGAAAGCUUCGACUUUGGUGAUGCCAAUGAAGACUUUGAUGAAAUCUACGAUAAUGCGGAAGAACACGAUGUAGGAAAUGUACAACAGGAACACGGAUCUGUGCUUGUCCAUCUUCUCAGCCAGGUCAGUAUCGGCAUGGACCUGACAAAAGUUACUUUACCUACAUUUAUCCUUGAACGUCGAUCUUUGUUAGAAAUGUAUGCUGAUUUUUUUGCGCAUCCUGAUGCCUUUGUAGCCACCGUCGAUCUCGAAACACCGCAAGAGAGAUUUGUAUCUGUUGUAAAGUAUUAUCUAAACGCGUUCUAUGCAGCUCGGAAAAGCGGUGUGGCAAAAAAGCCGUACAAUCCCAUACUUGGAGAAACAUUCCGAUGCCGCUACAGUGUGCCUGGUCUCGGUAGCAGCGGCAAGAAAACUGAAGAUGGACCCUUUCCGGGAUCAGAUGAAAACCAGCUGACUUUCAUUGCUGAACAGGUCAGCCACCAUCCUCCAGUGUCUGCUUUCUAUGCUGAGCACCCCUCCAAGCAUAUCUCAUUUCACGCUCAUAUUUACACAAAAUCUUCGUUCUUGGGAUUGUCUAUUGGUGUCGCGAAUAUCGGCAGCGGUACGGUAAUCUUGCAUGAUUUUGAUGAACAUUAUACAGUGACGUUUCCAAGCGGGUACGGGCGUUCGAUCAUGAGUACUCCGUGGGUAGAGCUGGGUGGAAAGGUUAAAAUUACCUGUGAAAAAACGGGUUACUAUGCGGAUAUAGAUUUUUUGACAAAACCUUUCUUUGGUGGUAAGCCGCACAGGAUCCAGGGCAGUUUAUACAGAGAAGGUGUUAAAAAGCCGUUUAUGACGAUACGCGGUGAAUGGAACAACGUAAUGAUGGCAAAGCCUUCAAAUGGUGAAGAAUAUUUAUUUAUUGAUGUUCGGGCAGAACCUGAAAUGAAGAAGGAAUGCACACCAGUGAUGCAACAGGGCGAGCGUGAAAGCCGGCGGCUUUGGCGGCAUGUCACUGCUGCUCUUCUAAGAAAUCGCAUAAAUAUGGCAACGACGGCGAAACGAAUGAUUGAACAACGCCAAAGAGCUGAAGCCAAGCAACGUGCCGAGACUGAUGGUACUACAACGAGCCAUUGGAGGAAAGAAUUUGAGUCAUUGAUGUGCUUCCGUGCAAGUGUUUCUGGCCUGUACGGUCCUUUGAUGUAAGAUUCAACGCCCUCAGAGAUUGUCUCGUACUUUUUCAGAUGCAUCUCAUGUGUUUGUGUUUCCAAACUAUCUCUUGUCUCUUCUCUCCUUCAGUUGUACCCCUUUUAGAUAGGAACUGCUAAACGUCCCUGUACAUUACUUCAUUUCAUGUCCACGAGUAAGCUUUCCUUCCUCUUUUAUUGUUCUCUAUGUUUUGUUGUGAUUUUCGUAAUCGGUGACCUGUUUUUUUUUGAAUUUUUUCCCUCAUACAGAUUUUUUUUGCCAGAUGUCCUCUUUUGCGUUUUUGUCUUCUAGAAAACAGUUCUCUCGAGCGAGAACUUUCCUUAACUUUUGCUGCUAUUCGGCCAAAAGAGCGGUGUUGUAAUUAAAUCACUAGAUGUAUCAAGGUCUCCGUGCUCUAGGUAAACAAGACUAUCAGUGAUUUCUGUUCGAUUCUUCGCUAGGAUGUUACCACAAUGUUUUCAUUGCUGUUCUGUAGAAAUUUGAGACAAUAUUCAGAAUGAUGUUGAUAGAUAGUUUUGCUGUAGUCUCAGAUUCUUACUCCUAUACGUGCAAAGAGCAAAAGAGAAAAUGUCAAAAUACACUUGUCUGUGAUUGCGAGACGUGACUGACAACAACAUCACUUUCUGGGGGUCACGUCCAUCUUUUAUGUGUGUGCUUGUGUGCAAGUGUGUGCGUUCUUUUUUCGCAUCUCCUUCUAUUAAAAAUUUGUGCUGUAUAGUUCGACAUUAUUACAUACAGUUGCAUACAUUUCUCUUCUACUUGCAUAGCGUAAUAAAGUUUUAUCAAUCUUAUAUUAUGUAGCUUUCUUUGUAGGGUGAAAGAGUUUGCCUCUUGCAUUAUAUCGGAAAGGUUGCCUCUAGCCAUAUUGACGCGUAAGUGUGCUCCACCCGU